CGCUCUUGUUUCUCAGUUUGUUUACAUCGUGGGGAGAGCAAGGAUGCGGUCGAGUCUCCUCUGCUCCUUUUUCUUUAUUCUCGUCGCCACGCUCAGUAUCCAUGGAUACAGACCCCGGAUCAAGCAGGGCAAGGAGACCUGGGGCUACGUGAACGUGCGCGAGGGCGCCCACAUGUUCUUCUGGCUGUACUACACCACGGCCGACGUCGACUACAAGCAGCGCCCUCUGGUCAUCUGGCUGCAGGGCGGGCCGGGGGGAUCCUCCACCGGCAUCGGGAACUUUCUGGAAAUCGGCCCCCAGGACCCGCAGCUCAACAACAGGACCAAUGCAUGGACCAACGAGGUGAACAUCCUCUUCGUGGACAACCCCGUCGGCACGGGAUUCAGCUACGUGGAUGACGUGAAGCUCCUGGCGAAGAACAACACCGCCAUCGCCGUCGACCUGGUGGAGUUCAUGAAGGGAUUCUUCAAGAAGGUUCCCGAGUUCCAGGGCGUUCCGAUCUACGUCUUCGCGGAGUCGUAUGGCGGGAAAAUGGCCGUCAAGUUUGCCCUGGCCCUGAACAAGGCUGUUCAGCAGAAGAAGAUCACCUGUCAGCUAGCUGGUGUAGCACUUGGGGAUUCGUGGGUCUCCCCUGUGGAUGCAGUUCUCUCAUGGGGUCCCUACUUACACUCAGUGUCGCUUGUUGAUUCUAUUGGCCUGAAAAAAGUCAAUAGCAAGGCACAAGAAGUCGCCAAUGCUGUCAAGGCUGGGAAAAUGGGAGAUGCAACCAAACUCUGGUCAGAGGCCGAAGAAGUGGUUGAAAAUGUAACCAAUGGUGUGAAUUUCUACAACAUCCUUAACCACGACAAAGAUGAUGCCAGAAGCAACCAGAUAAGCCACCAGAGGGAGCACACAUUUACAUCACCUCAUAUUGAGUUGCUAUACAAGCGCCAUGUUGAAGCAAUUUCUGGUUCAUUGGACAAGUUGAUGAACGGGCCUAUACGUGACAAGUUGAAGGUCAUUCCUAAGAAUGUGACAUGGGGUGGGCAGUCGGCACAAGUUUUUGAAGCUUUGUCAGAUGACUUCAUGACCUCAGCUGUUCAAAAUGUGGAGAUGCUGCUUAAUACAACAUCCAUAUCUGUGGUUGUCUACAAUGGCCAGCUUGAUCUCAUAGUUGAUACACCUGGUGUAGAGAAGUGGGUUGAGGGCAUGAAGUGGGCAGGAACUAGCCAGUGGAUUAGUGCUGCUAGGAAACCAAUUGAGUCUUCUGCAGGAGUAACAGAAGCCUUCUCCAAGAAUUUCAAGAAUUUCAUUUUCUACUGGAUCCUCAAAGCUGGCCAUAUGGUCCCAGCAGAUGCUGGUGAUAUUGCCAUGAAGGUGAUGAAGGAAAUUGUCGGUGUCAAGGAUCAUUAGAUUAGAUUUUUGUAUGGAAAAAAACUAAUUCUUGAUUCUUGAGUAUUCUUUGUUAAGGUAGAUGCA